AUGUAUCCUCUUCUGCUUCUUAGCCGGUUUCCCACCUGCAAGAUAGGCAGCCAUGAAUGUAAGCUGGAGACAGUAAUGUUUCACGUGGACUCAAAAAAAGAGAUUCCUUUCUCAUUUUUUCCAGCCGGUGCUCUGCCAUUAGCAAGCCAGCUCACGGAAGAAGACGAGAAGGUGACCAAAUGCAUCACAGAAAUUCUAGCAGACACCCUCUCCAAACCCAGUCCCAUCCCAGUGACCAGCGAAUGCAUGAAAAUCCUUCGGGAGGAUGAGAGAGUCCUGGCGAUGCUUCACCAUCAGCAUCUGCUGACGGAGCUGGAAGACUUGGCGCACCAAGAGAACGCAAAGCAUCGUCUGGGCCACGAAGACAGCCAUGACGCUUGGGAGGGAGAAGGUGCAGAGCGGGAGGAGCUAAAGAAGCGGGAGGAGAGGCCCGGCCAGCAGAGAGAAGAUGCUGCUUCUGAGAAGAUGCGGGAACGAGAUGGAGAGUGGAAGGAAGAGGGGCAGGGCCUGAAGGAGUACCAAAAGAUGGAGAAGAUUGAGGAGAAGGUGAAGGAAGUCUCCCAUACAGAGGACAAUCGGGAAGCUCUGGAAGAGGAGGCAGCCAAAGAGAAGAUGGAGGAUGAGGGUGAGGAAGAUGGGUCGAAGAAGAUGAAGAGGACCUCCUCAGAGACUUGGUCCUCUCGGGAAUAUUUUGGCCACAUGAAGAACAGAGGUUCUGGGGGGCCAAAAAUCAGGAAGGUGAUGCUUCGAGGAAGUCGGGACAGCAUGAAGAGAAGUGGUUCAGACAAGAGGUCCUUUGAGCUGGAGGGAGAAGAGGAAGAAGAUGACAGCUCUGAAGAGAAGCCAAUGAGCCACCACUAUGGAAGCCGCCACCACCAUGAGGACUGGGAGGAUGAGGAGGAAGAAGGAGAGAAGAAGAGGAGGAGGGCUGAUCUGGCCAAGCGAGUGGCAGAGACGGCCAGCAAUGAGGAGACGGCCCAGUUUGAAGAGGAAGAGAAAGAGAAAGGGUUGAAGAUCUCCAACUCCAAGGGCCAUCUCCAUGGAGGCUGGAAGCCCUGGCCAGAAGAGGAGGAGGAGGAAGGUGAUACGAGAUACGGACAUCACCAUAGAUCAGCCGGCCUGGACCUCAAGAAGAGACACAGGGAGGAUUAUCCGAAGGGCAGGCACCAUGGCCAUGAAGAGGAUGAGAGAGAAGAGGAGGACAGCCAGAAUGAGGCCCAGGAACUGGAAAAGCUUCAAGAGAUCGAGCAUGACCUUCAAAAGGCCGCCGAGAAACUUCGGGAGCUGAAGAGGGGCUCCCCUUUCUCACCACAUCAUGGGCAGGUUUAGGGGACGUGGCGGCACAGGUGGCCUCUUCCGUCCCCCGCCUUCCACCUAGUCCUCUUCCACACCUGCAGCCUCUCUGUAUAUACACUCUCUCUCUCCAGCUUGGCUUUCGACUGUUAAAUGGGACUUUCCUUUUGCUAAAUAUCUCCACCCUGGCAGCUUCUUGCUGUGGAAACACAGCUCAGCAAAACCUCCUUCUUCUAGUUAGAUCUCCCAAAAGAAGCCAGAGUCUGGUGACAUCCUAAAACACCAACCAUCUUUUUGUGUAGUGGAAGCU